GACGCUUCAGCGCGUGCAAAAGAGAGGGAGAGUUCUAAGAAAAGUGGCAGCACGCGCGAGUGGCGGGAAAGAAAGAAUCUCGUGAAUUAUUACGACUGGACUGGCGCGCUUUCAGUUCCGUAGACUGUGGGGUAGUACGAGCAGACUGUCAUUGCUGUAGUGAUGGGCGGCAGCGGCGUGCUCCCUCGCCGGAGAGUGUUUCUCCUGUCACUGCUGCUGCUGCUGCUUUAAAUGGCGCUGCGAUGUUCAACACGGAAGACGCAGUUGAAGCCGAUGCCAGGGAGUAUGAGAAGGAGGAGAGAAUAGAUUGAUAUUAUUAGUAGUAACGUACCUGCGCUUCUGGUGCAGAUUUUUGUGUUUCAUAAAAGCGGUGAACAGUACCAUGGUGAAUUACCAGAAAUACAUUACUGUAAUGCAGCUGGCUCUAGGGGUGACUGCCAUCAACAGAAAGCGUAGCCUGCCUCCCAGAAAACACAUGUGGGUCUUCCCCAAACAUGACAUGGACAAAUACGGGCCUGCAGUUUACUAUCCCAAGAUCCACGAUUUCAUUGCCACCCCAGAAAACAUCUCUCUGCUGGAUGAAUCUGAGGGAUCGGUGCACGGCAAACCAUCCCUGCGCAGAAUCAAGGGCCGAAUCCACCGCAGCAAGAGCCUGGACAGCAUCAACCUGCUGGACUCCUAUAGUGCAGCAAUGGAUGAGACCGUAAUAUGGGAACAGCACACUGUAUCUCUACACAGGGCUCCGGGGUUUGGCUUCGGGAUCGCUAUCUCAGGCGGGAGGGAUAACCCUCACUUUCAGAGCGGGGAGACGUCCAUCGUCAUAUCUGAUGUGUUGAAGGGAGGCCCAGCCGAGGGCCUGCUGCAGGAGAACGACAGAGUGGUGAAGGUUAACGCCGUCUCCAUGGAUAACGUGGAUCAUGCAUAUGCAGUGCAACAACUCCGGAAAAGUGGGAAGAAUGCAAAAAUAACCAUCAGGAGAAAGAAGAAGGUGCAGGUCCCCAUGGGGCGCCCGGGUGAACGCGAGACCGUGUCAGAGCAUGAAGAGGACGACGACAGCUACGAAGACGAGAUCUACGAGGCACAGAGCGGGCCCAGUGCCUACAGCGGGGGCGGAGCCACGGGCCGGAGGAGUGGCAGGGGUGACCGGCUGGGCGGGAGGAGGGACCGAGACCGAGAGCGCAGUGGCUCCAGAGAGAGGAGUCUGUCCCCACACUCGGACCACCACUCCGUUUCCUCCAACCUCCCCCCAUGCCCAGCCAAAGUCACCCUCGUCAAGUCCCGCAAAAAUCAAGCAGAAUACGGGCUUCGCCUGGCCAGCCACAUCUUCGUUAAGGACAUUUCCCCCGAGAGCCUGGCAGCCCGAGACGGAAACAUACAGGAGGGAGACGUAGUGCUCAAGAUUAAUGGCACGGUGACUGAGAAUCUGUCUCUGAUCGAUGCUAAGAAACUGAUCGAGAGGUCAAAGGGCAAGCUGAAGAUGGUGGUGCAGAGAGACGAGAGGGCGACCCUGCUCAAUAUCCCAGACGUGGAUGACAGCAUACCUUCAGCUAAUGCCUCUGACAGAGAUGAUAUUUCAGACAUCCACUCUGUGGCGUCCGAUCAUUCCGACCGAUCCCACGAGCGGAAGAGGAGCAGCCGUUCUCGUUCUCCGGACCGCCGCUCCGAGACCUCGGACCACUUUAGACACUCUCCACCACAGAUCAGCAACGGCAGGGACGCAGGGCCGACGUCUCAGAGAACCCGGCCAGUUCACCGAAGCCGUGAUGAAGACAGGAUCUCAAAGGCUGGGCCGCUUCCCCUACCUGCUAAGAUGGUGGAGGAGAUGCCGAGAGAGCAGACGGCAGCCAGAGAAGAGAAACAGCUCCCCCCUCUACCAGAGCCCAAGCCUGUGUAUGCUCAACCUGGCCAGCCUGAUGUGGACCUGCCAGUCAGUCCGGCAGACGCCCCAGUGCCCGGCAUCACGCACGAUGACAGCAUCUUACGGCCGAGCAUGAAGCUGGUGAAGUUUAAGAAGGGCGAGAGCGUGGGGUUGAGACUCGCUGGCGGGAAUGACGUUGGGAUAUUUGUGGCUGGAGUUUUGGAGGACAGUCCUGCUGCUAAAGAGGGCCUGGAGGAGGGAGACCAGAUUCUCAGGGUAAACAAUGUGGAUUUUGCAAACAUCAUUCGUGAGGAGGCAGUACUGUUUCUGCUGGACCUGCCCAAAGGAGAGGAGGUCACCAUCCUGGCCCAGAAAAAGAAAGAUGUAUACAGACGCAUUGUAGAGUCUGACGUAGGUGACUCGUUCUACAUCAGGACCCAUUUUGAGUACGAGAAGGAGUCACCCUACGGCCUGAGCUUCAAUAAGGGGGAGGUCUUUAGAGUGGUCGACACCCUUUACAACGGCAAACUGGGCUCUUGGCUCGCCAUCCGCAUUGGCAAGAACCACCAGGAAGUGGAGCGGGGCAUCAUCCCCAACAAGAAUAGGGCUGAGCAGCUAUCGAGUGUCCAAUACACUCUCCCAAAGACUCCAGGAGGGGAUCGGGCUGACUUCUGGAGGUUCAGAGGCCUCCGUAGCUCCAAACGCAACCUGAGGAAGAGCAGAGAGGACCUCUCUGCUCAGCCCGUCCAAACAAAGUUCCCCGCUUAUGAAAGAGUGGUGCUUCGAGAAGCUGGUUUCUUGAGGCCAGUGGUCAUUUUCGGGCCUAUUGCGGAUGUCGCAAGAGAGAAACUGUCCAGAGAGAAGUCUGAUGUCUUUGAUCUUGCAAAGAGUGAACCAAGAGAUGCAGGCACAGACCAGCGCAGCUCUGGAAUCAUACGUCUCCAUACCAUUAAACAGAUCAUUGACCGAGAAAAGCAUGCAGUGCUGGACAUCACCCCCAACGCAGUGGAUCGUCUGAAUUAUGCUCAGUGGUACCCCAUUGUGGUGUUCCUGAAUCCCGACAGCAAGCAGGGUGUGAAGAACAUGAGGACUAGGCUCUGUCCUGAGUCCAGGAAGAGCGCCCGGAAGCUGUAUGAGCGUGCUCUCAAACUGAGAAAAAACAACCAUCACCUCUUCACCACCACCAUCAACUUGAACAACAUGAACGAUGGCUGGUACGGUGCUUUAAAAGAGACCAUCCAGCAGCAGCAGAACCAGUUGGUCUGGGUCUCAGAGGGCAAGGCAGAUGGCGCUCCUGACGAUGACCUUGACAUCCACGACGACCGCCUCUCCUACCUCUCCGCACCGGGCAGUGAGUACAGCAUGUACAGCACCGACAGCCGCCACACUUCUGACUACGAGGACACCGAUACAGAGGGCGGGGCCUACACUGACCAGGAGCUGGAUGAAAACAUGAACGAUGAGGUGGGCCUGCCCAGCGAGCCUGCCAUCACACGCUCGUCCGAACCAGUCCGAGAGGACCUGCCGGUCAUCCAGGACGCAGCUGGGUACCCAAGAUACCAGCAUACUGUGCUGCAAUUGGAGCCAGUUAACAGCAUUGACCCAGCCGGGUUUAAGAUGGCAGCGCCUCAGCAGCAAGCUGAGGCCGCUCUGGCCUCGCCGCCCCCUCCCUCUGCAGAGGCAGCAGCACCCCCUGCUGUCCAACCUACCGCGCCACUAGCGGGUACGGACCCAGAGGAGUCGUCUGUCACCCCUAAGGCCGACUCCCUUAACAGCCCCGUCCCUGUUCCCGACCCCCAGCCCGAACCUGAGCUAACUCAGCCCCCAACACAUGACCCCCACCAUUUCCUUCCUCCUGGCCCAGAUCCAAAGAUGUAUAAAAAGGAUCUGUACAGCAUGGAUGAGCCGGCGCGAGUGAACCACAGUGUGAAGCCUCCCCCUACCCAGCAGCCUUUAGCCCCCCCCACCUCGCUGUCCUACAGCCAGCAGCCUGUCUACCAGGACCAGCAGCCAUACCGCCAGUACGAGCACCCACCUUAUGGCUAUGAUGGUGGCGGCUACGCACAACCAAAGCCUCAUGAUUACGACCCACACCUGCACUACGACAAUCGUGUGUCUCACUACAACGAGCAGAAGCCUCCUUACGACCAGCAGCAGACUUCACCCCAUCCACCGCCCGUGUCCGGCUACCCUCAGGCCCACCAGCCUCUUCCUCCCGCCCAACUGGGGUAUGACCGCCGCUCUCCAUACGAGGACGGCCCAACCAGGGAUUUCAGCCCCCCUCAGUCCCAGUACGAUGGCGUGUCACCAAUGAGCUACGAUAACCGGCCGCGGCACGCUAAACCCACACCAGCACGCUAUGAAGAACCUCCUCCACCCCCUUCAGUCUCCUACGACACACGUCCUCCCUUUGAGUCCAAUCCACAUGGUUUUCCAGGCAAUGUGCAUCGCUCCCCUGAUCCUCCCAAGAAGUAUUACGGUGAUGCUGCAAUGAGACCCUUGUACAACCCUGGAGCACCGAACCGAAUGUAUAAACCAGCGCCACACGAGCCUGUGAUGAACUCUGAACCUCCCGCUCCCCCUCCCAAACCCGAGGCCGUCUUGUCUUCAGGAGAUCCGCCUCACCCUGCAGCUCCCAAACCAUUGCCGCCUCCACCCAGGGAUGAUGACAAUGAUGAAGACCCUGCCUUGAAGCCCCAGUCUGUGCUCAACAGGGUCAAAAUGUUUGAGAACAAGCGAUCUGUGUCCGUAGACCGAGCCAAGGACACGUCGGAGGUAGCGGGAAUCAGGCCCACAGAUCUCCCAAAACCUGUGAGCACACCGGGUCCUGUGCUUAAAGCCAACUCUCUCAGCAACCUGGAGCAGGAGAAACCCUCUUACAGAGCCCCAGAGCCCCAGAAAGCUCAGCCGCGUGACCCAGAUGAAGAUGAAGAGUAUUACAGGAAGCAGUUGUCUCAUUUUGACCGUCGCAGCUUUGACAACAAGGCCAUGAAUCUGCCCAACACUGCAAUCAAUCGAUUCCCUGAGCCGCCAAAACCUGCUCAGCCCCAGAUCCCAUAUCCUUUCGCCAGGACGGAGACUGUGGAUAAGGUGAGUCCUGUGGACAAGAGGUACGAGCCCCUGCCGCCCAUCAACCCGUCACCUGCUCCAUACAGCCAGCCCACGCCUGCUGCUCCACCCACAUCCCUGCCCAAACUCAGCAACAUCCAGGUGAACUCACUGCCAGAUCCUCACAGCUCUCCCAAAGCCAAACCAGACCCGUCGGCUCUCAGAGCUCCCACCCGGGACGACCCCAUCCAGACCAGCUACCAGCCCCCCAAGACUUCUGUCAACGGCACGGACGCCCCUCCCAAAACGCUAGGCGUCCCUACCAGCUACAACCGCUUCGUCCCCAAGCCUUACACCCGCUCCGCCCGACCCUUCGAGCGCAAGUUUGAGAGCCCCAAAUUCAACCACAACCUGCUUCCCAACGACACGCAGUCCAAACCCAGUCUGAACAACAACCCGAAACCUCAGAUCUCACCCCAGCCCCAGGAAACCGACAGCGGGGUCGACACUUUCACACGCACCAUGGACAACAAGCCCAAAUAUCAGCACAAAAACAUCAACACCCUUCCCAAGCCCGUUCCCGUUCCCGUCAGCCCCAGUGCACUGGAUGAUGAAGAGGAGGAAGAUGAGGGUCACACGGUGGUUGCCACAGCGCGGGGCAUCUUCAAUUGUAACGGUGGAGUGUUGAGCUCCAUUGAGACAGGAGUCAGUAUCAUUAUCCCUCAAGGAGCGAUUCCAGAUAGUGUGGAGCAGGAGAUCUACUUCAAAGUGUGCCGGGACAACAGCAUCCUGCCCCCUCUGGACAAGGAGAAAGGUGAGACUCUGCUCAGUCCUCUGGUGAUGUGCGGCCCUCACGGUCUGAAGUUCCUGAAGCCCGUGGAACUGCGUCUACCACACUGUGCGUCUAUGACCCCUGAUGGUUGGUCUUUUGCUCUAAAAUCCUCCGACUCCUCGUCGGGUGACCCCAAAUGCUGGCAAAACAAGUGUCUACCAGGAGACCCCAAUUACCUGGUGGGCGCCAACUGUGUGUCCGUGCUGAUCGACCACUUCUGAAGAGAGCAACAGCUGGUCUGUUACUGAACGUGAGCGCAUGGACCCUUCUCCAGUUCUUCUACUCAGAAGGAGGGAUUUGCACCACUUUAUGAAGUAUUAAUUCUUCCCUCUUUCUUUGAUGGGCUGAAGCCUCGUUCCCAACAAAUCUCUUUGAGAGUAGCACUGAUGGCACAGUGCUAUGGAGCACUCCUUUUCCUAUUCCCUCUUUUUUUCAAGUUUGGUUUUGCCUUUUUCUUUACCUUUUGGUGCUUGAAGACUUGCAAAAAAUUACUGAAUAAAUGAAAUCAAACUGCUAAUGGAAUGGACGACCUGUGUCACUAAAAUUGGAAAAAUUACCCCAUUUUGACAUUUGUAGCCUAUUUUUCUCCAAAUAAUUAGAAGUCUUGAGUGGAAUUGGAUACAAGUGAAUACUACUAAUUUGCACUCAAAUAGAAAAGUCGAUAUAGAGUUUUUUUGUUUGCAAGGUCAUGUGUUUUUCCUGGGAUGCUGUAAUGGAUUGACACGGAUCUGGACAGCAUGUCGGUUUCUAGAAAAUGAAGAACAAUUGAGACUUUUUGAAGUGAAGAACUGAUUAUUGAAGGAAUGCGACUGUUGCACUCAUUUGCUCAUGGACUUCGCUCUCGGUUAAAAAACAUAAAACCAUGGGCUCUUUCUCUCUCGUUUUGAAGAGAUCUUUUCUAGUGAUGUUUUACUGUAGAUAAACAUGGACGGUGGUUUUCCCAAACUCUUGCUGUCUAGAGAUCUAUGCAUGUGCUAUGACUCAGGUCCAAACGCCUGCUACUAAGCUGAGUACACAAACCUACCCAUCAAACACUGCAAGCAGUGAUGCCUUAUCUGCAUUUUUUUGUUACUUUGACCCGAAAGACUUGCAAAUGUCGAAUUUCUGUUGCAGAGGGAAGUUACGAAGGACACACAAGUCACACCGUAAUUGAGCGGGAUAUUUAGCACACAGAUAAUGAAGUCUUUUUUCACUGCUAUGAAUAUGACGAUAUACAAGAACACUAGGAUAUGUGUUUCAAUUACAGCUGUAUAUUUUGUGCUAGCAUAUGGCCUUGGUUCGCUGUAAAUUACCUUUGUACAUCUUUAUUUUGUAAAAAACUUAACAUGGAAAAAAAAAAAAAACAUUCUUAAGUGGUGGGGGGAAAAAAGGAAAACUAUAACAUUGGUUAUGUUUAUCCCAGUUAUACUUCUGAGCCUUGGAACUUACCUUAGCAGUACAGAGAAAAAUUUAACGAAAAGAAAAAAAUCAUUUAAAUAAAUGGAACGAAAAAGGACGUCAUCUUUUAUACAAACAACAUAUAUACAAACACUACAUAAUGGCGUUUUUAACAGUUACAGAACCAGUUUUAUUAUUUACAAACUAGAAAAGUGCUCGGUUUAAAUAAUUUAAGGAUGCAAUACUUCAGAAGGGUCCGCGUUGGUGGUUGGACCCCGGCUUUAUUUGUGAUACUGUAUUGUGUGCCCUGAAAUGUAUUUUUGUACUAAUAGAUAGUUUAUUAAGGCACACCAAUAUGACUGUUUUGAUAUGACGACACAGCUUCAUCCUGGGUUUAGUUUCUUUUCUUUGUGUGGUGAAAGUCUUAUUUUGUUUUUAUUUCAUUGCAGCACAUACAACUGUAUUAAUAAACUCAUUUUUAAAGUAAAA